UACGGGUCACUUCAAAAAUAUCGAGAGCGCUAUUCUUCAAGGUGUCGUCCGAGCGAAAAGUUGAUUGCAUUCCCGGCCUUCAUUUUAUAAUCUUCAUUUCAAGUUUUGAUAUAGUGAUUGUGAUUGGAAACUUUGGGUCAACAGCUACGAGACACCAGCUAUCGCCACCAACAUUCAUCACCAUCAGUGAAGUUAUCGAUUUGAAUUUCCGUUCAAAGAUGUUGGCCUAUCUCGCGCUGGUGAUGAUCGCAGCUCUCGCCCAUCCCGUUUUUUCCAUGGUGGGAUACGAUUGCGGAUCGAGCGCAAUGAAUAUUACAACUGUAUCGUUGUUGACCGUCGGAGAAUGCAACAUACCAAGUCCAGAAGUGGAAGUCCAUGAACAAUAUAUUGAAUUAUUGCAACUCAACGAAUUCGCGGAAACGGAAGUGUUGCAAUGCAAAAUCGAAAUUUUUCGCGUUAUAUUUUAUUGUGGUAUGUCUUCUCAUAUUGCAACCGUGGAUAACGCGCAAUUGGAAUAUAUCGAAAUGGUGAGCCGUGAUGCAUGCAAGGACAUGCACAAAUUCGGAAAAGCAAUGAUAGGGCAAACGAUUAUAACCGGAAUACAACCCAAUCGAACAACGAGGACUAGUAUAACUUUUGCUGGCUCCGUGAAAAACGACGGGACAUGCUAUGGGGCAUCGUAUGCUGACCCUUAUGGAUCUUGGAAUAACGUGGUUGUACAGGGUACCGUAAAAAUCUCCUUGCGAAACUAUAUGGCUCAAGUUAGUUUGGAAUCGAACCAAAUCUAUUUACGCUCCGGAACUGUAUGCGCGCUGCUCGAAACAAAUUGCCAGGAUGCUGACGGUGGAAACACUUUUUGGGAUUCGCGACCGCGCGACAAUUGUAAAUUUGAUCGCUAUGGAAUUCUCUUCGAUGGCAUUGCGAAAAAGAUAAGAGAUGUUGAUUCGGACGUAUCGCGUAGUCUUUACUCCGUAACAACAACGGAUGUAACUUUUGCAUUGACGAGUAGAGAAACUCAUAAUAUCUGCGGUUAUGAAGUUGUUAGUACCGAACAUCCUAAGCUGUUUAUAUUUGAAACGACACCGGGAACCUCGUUUGCUGUUCAUGGAAAAGUUUCGGUAGCUAACUUGGACAUAUUUGCGUACGUCAAUUCGAAAUUUUUAUACGUAGAAAGACAUAUCAGGCAACAAAUGAAGUCACUAUACCAUGAUGUUUUGAAACGACAAUGCGACAGAGAAAGGCAGAUUUUACAAAAUAGUUUAGCUAUCGCGAGUCAAGCUCCAGACGAGUUUGCAUUUAGACUGAUGAAAGGACCAGGCUAUAUGGCGCUUGUGGCUGGCGAAGUUGUGCAUAUUGUUAAGUGCAUUCCCGUAGAAGUAACUUUAUUGCGCCUUGAAGAAUGCUAUAAUCAAUUACCAGUUGCACGUGGAAACGAAACUUUUUUUCUUACCCCACGUACACAUAUCUUGUCGCAUAAAGGAACUCAGACAACGUGCAACCGAUUACUGCCACCCUAUUAUCUUUUCGGAGAUGCAUGGUAUAAAUUUACACCGAUUCCGGAAGCAGCUUUGCCACCUGAAAUUAUGAGGCCAACCACGAAACAAACAUGGAAAUAUACAAAUCCGGCAUCACUCGCGGCCAGUGGAAUAUACACGAAAGAGGAUACCGAUAAUUUACGCCAACGCAUAAUGUUUCCCCUCGAGAAACCGGUAGUGAUCGAUAACAUUGUCCGAGGUAUCAACGGCGAAUCAACCGUAAACCAAGGCGAACGGUUUGUCAAUCUUUUGGACGAAAAUUCGAUAAAACAUAUUGCGGAAUCAGCAUGGAAGCACACGUGGGGGCGGUUUGUCCAAUUCGGCACCGCUAGUGCCGGAUUCAUUGGAAUUCUACUCAUUUUUCGAGCGAUUAAGCUUAUCGUGGAUACCAUCGUACAUGGAUACGCUUUGCAUACAGUAUACGGGUGGUCAAUUUAUCUACUCGGAGCUGUAUGGAGUUCGAUAACGAAUUUGUUAAUUCAUCUCGGUCGGCAACCCAAGGAAGACGUGUCAGAUGACGUCGAACGUGGAAUGGACCUGGAGAAAUACCAAAGUUCUCCAACACCGAGAAUAAACAAGUGCCCACUACAUCAAUCGAACAAUUCUACUCAUAAGUAGCGAUUCGAAUCUCAUUUUCUGUUUAAACAUAAGCGAUGAGGAAUGAUAAAAAAAUGAUUUGGAACUAUGUAGAGGUGGAAUUGUGAUUCAAUACGAUACAUUAUCAACCGAUCUUUCAAAUUGAUUGUAUUUAUUUUUUUUUCAAAUUCUACCGUAAAAACAAUUUUAUCUGUAAACUCGCAAAAUAUUCUCAUCGGUAAUGAACUUGAAAGCGAAAAGAUAUUUUUCCUUUCAAACCCUUUAUCCUUACUCCUAUAGUUUUCCCUAAUAACCCUAAUAUCAUGUAAUUUACCUGUAUCUUAUACUCAUGUAUUCGAAAGUCAAGUGAAAAGUCACGUACAACGGCUGAAUUUUUUUUGUCUCAAUUUUUACGUUUAUAUU